AUGUCAAUCUUUAAGGCACGUGUAAAAGAAUUUGAAGAUACCUUGGCCAGAGAUGAAAUUGACCUGAAGGCACUGAGAAAGUUGUGCAGUAAUGGUGUUCCCGAUGUAAAUAGUUUGAGACCAUUGUGUUGGAAGCUGUUGUUGGGCUAUUUGGGUCCCAAAAGAGAAUCCUGGUCAAGUACUUUAGCCAAGAAGAGGUCAUUGUAUCGUCAAUUUAUUGAAGAUUUAGUAUUGCCACCGGGUCUCAAAGAAAAUGGAGACAAAGAUAUUUUGUGUGACCAUCCGUUGAACGAGGGUCCGGAUAGUGCCUGGAAUACAUUCUUUAAUGACAAUGAAUUUCUUCUGCAAAUCGAUAAGGAUGUUAGGCGUUUAUGUCCCGACAUUUCAUUUUUCCAACAACCCACUGAAUAUCCCUGUGACAUUGUGGUCAAUAGCAAAGGUGAACGGCGGCUACAUCAAAGAGUUGUACCCUCAGUAUUGAAAUCGGCCAAUGUGGAACGUAAGGGAUUGGGUGUUACCAAGAUAAAUUUAAUAAACAAACGUUCUGAGGAAACCUAUAAAGCAAUGGAAGAAGGACAAGAGGCUCACUGGGAAGUGGUUCAACGUAUUUUAUUUUUAUAUGCCAAACUGAAUCCCGGUCAAGGUUAUGUCCAGGGUAUGAACGAGAUUGUGGGACCAAUUUAUUAUGUUAUGGCCUCUGAUCCGGAUCCUGAAUAUAGAGAACAUGCUGAGGCGGAUUGUUUUUAUUGUUUUACCGCCCUUAUGGCCGAAAUCAGAGACUUUUUCAUAAAAACCUUGGAUGACUCAGAAGGUGGUAUCAAAAAUAUGAUGAAGCGCUUAUCUGAAAUGCUGAGAGAACGUGAUUUGGAAGUGUAUGAACGAUUAAAAGCACAAGAAUUAUACCCACAAUAUUAUAGUUUUAGAUGGAUAUCCUUAAUUCUCUCUCAAGAAUUUCCUCUACCAGAUGUGGUGCGCAUUUGGGAUUCCGUAUUGGCGGAUGAAAAACGUUUCGAUUUUCUACUAUACAUUUGUUGCGCUAUGAUUUUAAUUCAACGUGAUCAAAUAUUGCAAAAUGAUUUUGCUUCCAAUGUUAAAUUGCUACAAAACUAUCCACCUCUUGAUAUUAAUAUAGUAUUGACAAAGGCGGCAUCAUUACGAUAACAUUUAACAGCUUUGUAUAU